UCCGCUUCCAUUCCUCGACAGCCAUGGCGAAGUGGCGGGACUUCGUACUGUUCAGCUUGUUGGCCAGCAUCGCCACUUCCUCUGAUAAUGUGGGAAGAUUCGAUCCUGAUCAUUACUACAUUCUUGAGAGUGGAGGAUCCUACAAGUAUGGACACCAAAGACAAGAUGGCACUUAUGAAAGGGCGGAGGCGAGCCAACCAGGAAACGUUUUAGGAGAAUUUGGUUUCAAAGAUGCUUCAGGAACGGAUUACAAGCUGGAAUACACUGCUGAUCAAAGAGGGUUCCAGCCUUCCGGUGAUCACCUUCCUUCAGUUCAUGCAAAAGCUGCAUUAGAAAAUCUGGGAGUUGGUUUUGUAUCUUCUGAUGGAGGUUACACCUUCAGCUAUGAAACUGACUCUAGUGAUCGAGAAGAAAGCGCCGACCCAAGCCUCAAUGUUAAGGGGAAAUUCAGUUUCCAAGGCACUGAUGGACGCCGCAGAACAAUUCGGUACAGAGCAGGAGCAGGUACCGGCUUUAUCGCCCAAGGAGAUCAUAUUCCUGUUUCUCCAGAGGUUCCCUCAGAAUCACAGGUAGUCCCUCAGACAAGGAGUGGCCCUUCAGCACUAGCACCGUCUUCAGCACCUGCAUCCCCUGCAAUAUCUUCAGCUCCAGCACCAUUUUCCUCCCCUGCACAAGUAAGCAGCUCUUCAUCACCAGAUGGAAGUUACAACUUUAAUUACAAAACUGACUCUAGUGACCGAGAAGAAAGUGCUGACCCAAACCUCAAUGUUAAAGGAAGAUUCAGUUUCCAAGGCACUGAUGGACGCCGCAGAACAAUUCAGUACAGAGCAGGAGCAGGUACUGGCUUUGUCGUUCAAGGAGAUCACAUUCCUGUUUCUCCAGAAGUACCCUCAGGGUCACAGGUAGUCCCUCAGACAAGGAGUAGCCCUUCAGCACCAGCACCGUCUACAGCACCUGCAUCCCCAGCACAAGUGAGCAGCUCUUCAUCACCAGAUGGAAGUUACAGCUUUAAUUACGAAACUGACUCUAGUGACCGAGAAGAAAGUGCUGAUCCAAGCCUCAAUGUUAAGGGAAGAUUCAGUUUCCAAGGCACUGAUGGACGCCGCAGAACUAUUCGGUACAGAGCUGGAGCAGGUACUGGCUUUGUCGCCCAAGGAGAUCACAUUCCUGUUUCUCCAGAGGUUCCCUCAGGAUCACAGGUAGUUCCUCAGACAAGGAGUGGCCCUUCAGCACCAGCACCAUCUUCAGCACCUUCAUCUCCUGCAACUUCAGCUCCAGCACCAUUUUCCUCUCCUGUACAAGUAAGUAGCUCUUCAUCACCAGAUGGAAGUUACAGCUUUAAUUACGAAACUGACUCUAGUGACCGAGAAGAAAGUGCUGACCCAAACCUCAAUGUUAAAGGAAGAUUCAGUUUCCAAGGAACUGAUGGACGUCGCAGAACUAUUAGGUACAGAGCAGGAGCAGGUACCGGCUUUGUCGCUCAAGGAGAUCACAUUCCUGUUUCUCCAGAGGUUCCCUCAGGAUCACAGGUAGUUCCUCAGACAAGGAGUAGCCCUUCAGCACCAGCACCGUCUUCAGCACCUGCAUCCCCAGCACAAGUGAGCAGCUCUUCAUCACCAGAUGGAAGUUACAGCUUUAAUUACGAAACUGACUCUAGUGACCGAGAAGAAAGUGCUGACCCAAACCUCAAUGUUAAGGGAAGAUUCAGUUUCCAAGGCACAGAUGGACGCCACAGAACUAUUAGGUACAGAGCAGGGGCAGGCACCGGCUUUGUCGCUCAAGGAGAUCACAUUCCUGUUUCUCCAGAAGUUCCCUCAGAAUCACAGGUGGUCCCUCAGACAAGGAGUGGCCCUUCAGCACCUGCACCAUCUUCAGCACCUUCAUCUCCUGCAACACCUUCAGCUCCAGCACCAUUUUCCUCUCCUGCACAAGUAAGUAGCUCUUCCUCACCAGAUGGAAGUUACAGCUUUAAUUAUGAAACCGAUUCUAGUGACCGAGAAGAGAGUGCUGACCCAAACCUCAAUGUUAAGGGAAGAUUCAGUUUCCAAGGAACUGAUGGACGCCGCAGAACUAUUCAGUACAGAGCAGGAGCAGGUACUGGCUUUGUCGCUCAAGGAGAUCACAUUCCUGUUUCUCCAGAAGUUCCCUCAGGAUCUCAGGUAGUCCCUCAAUCAGGGAGUGGCCCUACAGCACCAGUACCGUCUUCAGCACCUGCAUCCCCAGCACAAGUGAGCAGCUCUUCAUCACCAGAUGGAAGUUACAGCUUUAAUUAUGAAACCGAUUCUAGUGACCGAGAAGAGAGUGCUGACCCAAACCUCAAUGUUAAAGGAAGAUUCAGUUUCCAAGGCACUGAUGGACGCCGCAGAACUAUCCGGUACAGAGCAGGAGCAGAUACCGGCUUUGUCGCUCAAGGAGAUCACAUUCCUGUUUCUGCAAAAGUACCCUCAGGUUCACAGGUAGUCCCUCAGACAAGGAGUGGCCCUUCAGCAGCAGUACCAUCUUCAGCAUCGUCUUCAGCACCUGCUUCCCCAGCACAAAUAAGCAGCUCUUCAUCACCAGAUGGAAGUUACAGCUUUAAUUACGAAACUGACUCUAGUGACCGAGAAGAAAGUGCUGAUCCAAGCCUCAAUGUUAAGGGAAGAUUCAGUUUCCAAGGCACUGAUGGACGCCGCAGAACUAUUCGGUACAGAGCAGGGGCAGGUACCGGCUUUGUCGCUCAAGGAGAUCACAUUCCUGUUUCUCCAGAGGUUCCCUCAGGAUUACAGGUAGUUCCUCAGACAAGGAGUAGCCCUUCAGCACCAGCACCGUCUUCAGCACCUGCAUCCCCAGUACAAGUGAGCAGCUCUUCGUCACCAGAUGGAAGUUACAGCUUUAAUUACGAAACUGACUCUAGUGACCGAGAAGAAAGUGCUGACCCAAACCUCAAUGUCAAGGGAAGAUUCAGUUUCCAAGGCACUGAUGGACGCCGCAGAACUAUUAGGUACAGAGCAGGGGCAGGCACAGGCUUUGUCGCUCAAGGAGAUCACAUUCCUGUUUCUCCAGAGGUUUCCUCAGAAUCAAAGGUGGUCCCUCAGACAAGGAGUGGCUCUUCAGCACUUGCACCAUCUUCAGCACCUUCAUCUCCUGCAACAUCUUCAGCACCAUUUUCCUCUCCUGCACAAGUAAGCAGCUCUUCAUCACCAGAUGGAAGUUACAGCUUUAAUUACGAAACUGACUCUAGUGACCGAGAAGAAAGUGCUGACCCAAACCUCAAUGUUAAGGGAAGAUUCAGUUUCCAAGGCACUGAUGGACGUCGCAGAACUAUUCAGUACAGAGCAGGAGCAGGUACUGGCUUUGUCGCCCAAGGAGAUCACAUUCCUAUUUCUCCAGAGGUUCCCUCAGGAUCACAGGUAGUUCCUCAGACAAGGAGUAGCCCUUCAGCACCAGCACCGUCUUCAGCACCUGCAUCCCCAGUACAAGUGAGCAGCUCUUCAUCAUCAGAUGGAAGUUACAGCUUUAAUUAUGAAACCGAUUCUAGUGACCGAGAAGAGAGUGCUGACCCAAACCUCAAUGUUAAGGGAAGAUUCAGUUUCCAAGGAACUGAUGGACGCCGCAGAACUAUUCAGUACAGAGCAGGAGCAGGUACCGGCUUUGUCGCUCAAGGAGAUCACAUUCCUGUUUCUCCAGAAGUUCCCUCAGGGUCACAGGUAGUCCCUCAAUCAAGGAGUGGCCCUACAGCACCAGUACCGUCUUCAGCACCUGUAUCCCCAGCACAAGUGAGCAGCUCUUCAUCACCAGAUGGAAGUUACAGCUUUAAUUAUGAAACCGAUUCUAGUGACCGAGAAGAGAGUGCUGACCCAAACCUCAAUGUUAAAGGAAGAUUCAGUUUCCAAGGCACUGACGGCCGCCGCAAAACUAUCCGGUACAGAGCAGGAGCAGAUACCGGCUUUGUCGCCCAAGGAGAUCAUAUUCCUGUUUCCCCAGAGGUGCCUGCAGGGUCACAGGUAGUCCCUCAGACAAAGAGUGGUUCCUCAAAACCAUCACAAUCAUCUAGUCAUCUUUCUUUUGGUCAGAGCUCACUGGAUGGAACAUAUAGCUUUAAUUAUGAAACUGAUUCCAGUAACCGAGAAGAGAGUGCAGAUUCCGAUCUGAAUGUCAAGGGUAGAUUCAGCUUUCGUGCAGAUGAUGGGCGUGAAAGAACUAUUCAGUAUAGAGCUGGUGCUGGUUUAGGCUUUGUUGCAGAAGGAGAUCAUCUACCGAUCUUGGAAACAGGCACGCCAGGUUUUCCUACUGUUGCAGGAGGUUACAAAUUUGGCUACGAAACUGAUUCCAGUACGCGUGAAGAAAACGCCGAUCAACAUUUGAAUGUUAGAGGCAGAUACAGCUUCCAAGCUGACGAUGGCCUACAAAGAGUUGUCACUUACAAAGCAGGAGCGGAUACAGGUUUCCUUGCAGAGGGUGAUCACCUCCCUGUUGUGAAUUAAUCUGAUAUAUUUCCCAUGAUUUUAUCUAAUUUUGUCAGUACCGCUCCAGGUGAUGGCACCACAUGCUUAGAGUGAUAUUCAUGUAUUUGGGAAGAAGGACAUAAUUUUCAGUGUUACAUAUCAGUAAUUUUUUCACAGGUUGUAUGGACGCUAAAUACAUAUCCAGAACAAAGUAGAAUAUAAUAGAUGUAUUAAAACUGUUUUAUUUGUAUAUCCACCAAUUUUUUAAGUCCCACAUAAUACAGAUUACACAUGAUGAAUACUGAAA